UGCUUGUUGUUUGAAUUAUUCAAAUCUAAAACAUCAAAGGUAUCCAUCCCUAUUGAUAAUUCAAACCUUUACAGCACUUGAGUUGGAAAACACUUUCAAAAACUGAAACUCAAAAUUGGCCUUUAAAACUCCAUCAGAAGCUAAAAUGCUUCUUUUAUUAUGGAAUAUAAUCUCAGUAAUUGAUUGCACAUCGUCUCCUGUAUCACUAGCCGAAAGUGAGAUCUUAGUCAGUUCCCACAAUGAUCUCAUCGAGAGACUAUCCUGCAUUAUUCCCCAAUUUGGCCGACCUUUGCAGCUUCACCAGGACACUGUCUCUAUAUAUGUUGGACUGAAUCAGAUCAUGAAUGUGGACGAGUCGAGUGGCCUCUGGACUGUAAAGUUGGAUCUGAAGUACGAGUACAAGUCGGAAGAUGCCAAGUGGGAUCCGAACGAGUAUGCCAACACCAGUGCUUUGAUGGUCUCCACUAAGAAAUUCUGGGUGCCCAAUAUUGUGUUGAAUGAGGCAGUAGAAAUGAAAACUUCCUCGUCCAUCAACUCUUGCAGCUCACAAGCUGUCCACUCAAGCGGGACUGUUACCCCUCUUAUUUGCUCGGUCAUAGCGGUACUGUCGUGUACUCUAGACGUGACAUAUUUCCCCUUUGACAAACAAACAUGCCAAGUGACAUUUGCAUCUGAUAUAGAAUCAGACUACAUUUUGGAGUUAAAAGCGACCGACUCUCUCAAAUCUUUCAUCUUAAACAGCGAAUGGCAUAUGGUAGGAAAACCGACAAUUUCUUUCCCAGACAACGAAAUCAAAACCGAAGUCGUCUGCUCUAUUCAAUUAAAGCGAAGAUACCAAUUCUACAUGUUCGUCCUCGUAUUUCCGAACAUGACCUUAUACAUUCUCGCAGGGCUUACAUUCAAAAUUCCGAUCGAGUCGGGUGACAAAAUCUCAUUCGCCAUUACCACCCUUCUGGCUCAAAUAGUCGUGUUCGGAACUCUGAUCAGUAUCUUCCCCUCCAGUUCGGUCGGGUUCCCAGUGUUGACCUACUACAUAUGUGUUCUUACGGUGCACUUGAGCCUGCUUUGUGUUCUGGCUAGUUUUGUAAUGAGUAUUUGGUUCACACCACGUGACACACUGAUGCCUCAAUGGAAACAAGCAUUGAUUUCCUCAAAGCUGGUCAAAUUUAUUGGCCUGAAGCAAUUCAAACCACGAUACAUUUACUAUGUGACUGAAGCUGCGGCUCAGCCUAGUAAAGACAAAAAUGACGACCCAUUUUUCAAAUAUCCGGAAAUUUCAGAAGAGUCUUUGGCAGAAAGUUGGAAUUAUUAUGCAAGAUUUGCGGACAGACUUAUUUUCAUAUGCCAUUAUAUUGUUGUGUCAAUUGUGACAGUGACCUACAUGCUGCAACUUCGAAAAAGCUUAUGAAUGGAGGAAAAAAAAUCCGAACAAGCUGAACAAUUCUAAGAAAGAGAAAUUCUGAAAGUGAUAUAGUUUAAUUUAAUGCUGUAAAAACAUUGCUUAUAAGCGUGCGUAAAACACUUUAAAAAGUCACUUAACAUAUUUAUAUCUUCGUAACAUUCCUUUGCCAGCAGUUUUUCGGUUUCCUUUACUCUUUUCAGUUCUAUUUUGCUGACACAUUAAAAUCCACUGAUGCAGCGGUUGUGAUGAGUUUCGUAAAAACUGAGGGUCAGUUAUGUCAACCAAAAAUUUUUGUACAAACCGAUUUGAUGAUAUCAUUAUUU